AUGGGGUCCAUAUCAAAACGUGAUGUAUCCAAAAUAGCCACACACACAUUAAAUGAAUUGUUCAUUCUUGGAUGGACCUUCCACGCUAUCCCUGCAGCCGCUACAGUAAUAACGGCUCCCCUUUGUACUGCGCCCUUGGUCGUCGAAAACGGCACGAUAGGUUAUCUAGUCGUCGAAUUUGCCCCCGGGUACGGAACAGCAGAUUAUCGGACUCACAGGAUCGAUUACCGCAUUACCCCAACAUCUUUUCUCGUGCGUUCAUACAUCUUCUCAGAUGGUCAUGCACGAAUCAGAACAAUCCCAGCCGUGCCAUUUGCGACAACACACUUUCAAGGCAAUGAUAGUGCCCUGGCCGUGUAUCUGCUGCCGCCAUGCUGGUCACAAAUGGGAGACCACCGAUCGGCAAGUUUAUCGCUGUCGGCAGGACUACGCACACAGCGCGUCUCUAGCAUUGAGAUUCAAAACUCUGGGACAGAACAAGCGUGCAACAUCUCACAUAGCUCUACCCUGCCAGGCUUGAAUGUAAUCUACCCGGAAGGAACACAACUGGGCGAAACCACCUCUUCCAUCGAUAUUGCUCAGCGUAUUUUUGAUGAGGAAGAAACUGGACGCGUUCGAACGGACGCCACUCUUCCGGGAGAUGUGGCUGCUUCUAAUCCCAACCUUGGCGACCUUACAAUUUCGAAAUUGUGCCCAGAGAAUCAUCCCAAACCACCAAUGGCACCGCCGAGACCGAGGUGCGUGCAUAAUAUUGACCCUCAACUACUACUUGACGGCUUGAUUUCAAAGAUACAAGUCUAUUUGCUGGGUCUUUUGAUAGAUUGCCCCAUUGAAGCCGUCCAGCAUACAGCAUCAGAAUGUCAGACACAUAUCCUGUCACAGAUGAAAUUAAGACGCGCUGCUGGAACCCCUGGUGACCUGACUCGUUGCGUCUUCCGACUACCCAAGCCCGAAGGAAACCUCCUGGAAAACCGAUUUCGGAACUUGUUUGGCCGGCAUAAGCUGGAGUCUCGCAAGCAGAUUAUUCAGGCUCGGAAAGCCAAAAGAGAGGUCACAGAGAAAUGGGGUCAGAAGGACUUCAAAGUACCAGUCUUGAAAGCUGAUUUCCCCAAACAGGGGCCGUUGUUUGAAGCUCCACUUGCACAUAUUUUUGUUCUCAUGAUUCACUAG